AUGACCAGGAUCCAAGCUCAGGCAGCCUGGCGGGAGCACAGUGGGCAGAAGGGGCCCUGGACUGCCGUGGCACCUCCGGGAGGUGCAGAACAGCUUCAGGGCAAAGCCCGGGCAAGGAUCAAGCGAGAUCAAAGAGCAGGGUCCAAGCUCACGGCGAGUCCGCGGCUCUCCGCACCCCCCCCCGCGGGGGCGGGGCUUCGGGCCAGGGGAUCCGGGGUGUGGCCGCGGGACCGGCCUCCGACGGGCGGGACGCUGGGCGUGGCCACGCGCUCGGGGCGGGGCCUGUGGGGGCGGGGCCUCCAUAAGGCGGCGCGGCGGGCGGGUCCCGCUCCGCGUCCGCGCAGAGCAUGGUGGUGGGGGCGUCGGCCUCCCGGGCGCUCCUGCUGCUGCCGCCGCUCCUGCCGCUGCCGCAGGUGGCGCUGGGCUUCUCGGACGGCAGCUGCGACCCCUCGGACCUGUAAGUCGGGGGGGUGGGAGCCGGGGCCUGGCCCCGCCCUGUGGGGGAGGCUCGGACGGGGCCGUCGGCCCGGCUGGUGCCCCGCCUGCUCCAGGUGUCGCCGUCCCCGCAGGUGCCCGCCCCAGGCCCGCUGGAGCAGCCUGUGGUACGUGGGGCUUAUCUUACUCGCUGUCCUGCUGCUGCUGCUGUGUGGGGUCACAGCCAGCUGUGUCCGAUUCUGCUGCCUCCGGAAACGGGUACACAGCCGGCCACACCUGCCACCAACACCUCAGCCUUGUGACCUGACGGUCAGCCCUGUGGACAGUGACAGCCCCGUGCACAGCACUGUGACCUCUUAUAGCUCUGUGCAGUACCCGCUGGGUGUGCGGCUGCCCCUUCCCUUUGGGGACCUGGACUUCGACUCCAUGACCCCUCCUGCCUACAGCCUGUAUGCCCCUGAGCUGCCACCCUCCUAUGAAGAGGCUGUCAAGAUGGCCAAACCCAGACAGGAAGAGCCACCGCCCUCUCAGUAACCCCAUCUUUCCCCUGGGGCCUGAGGCCUAGAGACAUCGGCGGGGCCCCAGGAGCCGGCUCCAAUGCCCUAGCGGCCCUGGCUGUCAUCCUGGCACCCCUCAAAAGCAGAGGAAAACUCUCUUGAACCUCUCAGUUGUGCCAGCCACCUUGUGCUCAGAAGGGACCCCCCAGCACACCCCUGCCGGCCUUCCCCCGGGAAGGCCAGCCCAUCCAGCACAUCGCUGCAGCCUUGGCCUCGUUGCUGUGUAACGCCAGGCCGCCCGGCCAGCUGGCCCUGCGUGGGCCGCACACAUGAACCUCACUCGGCACGCACACGGGGGCUGCUGCGUUCAGCCCUGACCCCAGAGGCCCGAGCCUCGGGGCUGGUGGUGACACCCCCAGCUUUUUGGAGAGAAUAAAGUUUGUACCGAAGUGA